CUAGCCCUUAUCUUCUUCUCUCCCAAGAGAAACAGCUUAGAAAAUCAAACCCAGAAGAGAGAAAGCCCAUAAGAGAAGAAGCCCAACAGAGCUCUCUCUCUCUCUCUCUCUCUCUCUCUCUCUCUUUAUAGCCGUAGAAAGGAGUUGGGUUUGUUUCUUAUUCAGCCAUGGCUGCUUCUGCUGGUACGACAGAGUUCUACAUAGACGAAAAAUGGAAGCUUUCAAAAAAGGGAAGCAGCAGAGGAGGUGGGGGGCCUUUCAUGAGGAAUUCCUCACAUGGGCGGUGUUCUUUCACAAGGAAAUGCGCCAGUCUCGUCAAAGAACAGAGAGCUAGGUUCUACAUCAUGAGGCGCUGCGUCACCAUGCUCAUUUGCUGGAGAGAAUACAGAGAUUCUUAGAAAAAAAUCCUAUUCCCCCCGCCUUUUUUCUCUUUCUUUCUGUUCAGAAUCUGAUGGAGAAGAAAAAAAUGCAUGGGUUGUAAAUAUUUUUUUUUUUAUUUUAUUUUUUUAAAUUUCAACUCCUUGUAGGAGACGGAUUCUUGAUAUGAAUAUGAGUUCAAAAGGAUUUUGAGA